AUGGCUCCAACACCAGCUCGGCGAGCCCCUGCCAGAAACACUCCAGCUAGAAAUCCAAGAUCUUCACAACCUACCUCAUCCAGAUCAAUCGCACCCAAGCCUACCAGAACUAAUAGGAUCAAUCCCUUUCGACAUGAAACUCCAACGGCCCAGAUGUUACGCGAAAGAAAUCAAGCCCGAAACCAGCGGUCAUUUCAACGGAUGCAGGCCUCACAGCGUGGUGGAUUGCUAAGGCCGUCAUCCUCACGAGCUCCUCGAUCACAUCCUCAGACCCUUGAAUCCUCUGGCGAACCAAAUGGCCCAUCUCAACCAUCGGACGACCUCUGGGACCAAUUCGAUACAACAGAAUGGGAGACUUUACAAGAAUCCCCGGCUCCAGCGAUCACAUCCAUUUCCCAACGGAUUUAUGACUUCAAUGCACUUCGAAGUAGACAAAGGCUAGCCGAAAACUGGAACAGAAACAUACCUCAACUCCAUGGUGUUUACUUAUGGCUCAAAGUCAAAACUGGUAACUGGACGUUUGAUUGUGCCUUCGAUUCGUUUGAAGAUCAGGUUUGCCAAUGCAAUUCCUUUACAUACCGGACUAUAGAUCUUUUUGACCUGAUGUGGCAAAAGCGGAUCCGGCAAAAAUUUUGCAAGUGUAUCCCUGACGUUGUAAGAUUAUUAACCUUGGGUUACAUUGGAAGCUCUCCAGUUCGCCCAAGGACUGCCUUUUCAGUCCGACUCCUGCAGUUUCACAAUCUUGCGUGGCAGUGGUGCAGUGUGGCCACCCUCCCUUUCACCGAAAUGCUAUCGCGUUGGCUAGAAGAAAGGUCAGAGAAACUGCUCAAUGCCGAACGUACAAAGCGUCGCGAAUUACGGAAAUGCUUCUCGGCUGCAGUCGACAUCUUUCGCCUGAUGUUGCUCAAAACCAACGAGCUUGUUUCAACUUCGCUCCAGCUUAGUAAAACACAAAAACUUGCCCGAUCCUCUUGUCCGGCAUGCUUCGGGCCAAAUGCUCCAGAAGACACUCACCACCCAAGAACUACUGUCAAGGAUUCAUUGGUAGUAUGCCUCGAUGGCAAUUUCCAACACCGCCAUAACGCAAAGGCUGGAGGCACUGCCCCUUUGACAAUCCCUCCUAUAUUUCUGGAAACGGAGCGAGUUGAUCCUUGUUCUGAGUCGCACAAAGCUGCAAACGACAAGCGUUGCGAAACAACCUGGAAGGGUUGUGACGAUACUGGGCUAAUGGGAUGUUGUUGCCGCCAUGAUCAGAGAUGUCUUCCCCUGGCAAUAUUGAAAAAACUAUUUGAAGACAUUGAACCGAGUCGACCGGUUGGUAUACUAUAUGACAUUGGUUGCUCAUUGAAAAAGUUUCUUGACCUACGCAAUUACUUUGCAUUUCCAUCCAAGAAAGACCAGCUACAAUUUGGAACUUCCGUGUUCCAUGCAUAUGUCCAUGAAUGGAAGUGUCAGGUCAAAUUCAAUCCCCGAUACAACACUGGCUGGGGUCUUUCGGAUGGCGAGGGAUUGGAACGACUGUGGUCAUCUUUGUCCCCACUGGUACGAACACUACGAUACUCAUCCCGGAAUCAUCGGCUAGCUGCUCUGUCUCAUCGGUGUCAAUUUCAUAACUCGGAGGGGCUGAGUAGCAUGAUUCUCUGGUUGCGUAGGAAGUAUAGCGCCGCCAAAGGCCGUAGGCGUCAAGCGAAGGAAUCCCUGAACGAAUUGCUCCAAAAGCCGAAUCCAUUUUUAGAUAAUGGAGGCAACUACACACAACAAUUUUUUAUGUCGCAAUGGGAAAAUCAAGUGAAUUACUUGGAUCGGGUGACUGCAGAAGAGAUUGAACGACGAAAGAAGCUAACAAAACUCUUGGAAAAAGAGGAGGCACUGACGAAACUCCGGAACAUAUUGGAGCAGAGGGACUGGGAUAUUCAAGCCAGUGUAAUCGAUCGUAUCAUAGAAGAAAUUGGCCAUACUGAAAACUGUCAGAGAGAACUGGCUGAGGAGCUGGGAUUUCUUUAUGAGACAGAUGCUAUUGAUGUUGAGAAAGAGAAGCGGCUGUUGCUCAUCUGGAGUGCUAAAAGAGAUCUCUAUGCGAAAGCCAUCGAUAUUAUGGGUGUGCGACAACCUAUUUCUGAAUCGCAAACAUGGGGAAGAAGGGUUGGGACCAAACUGAAGGAGAAGAUUUAUGAAUCCAUCAAAAACCGCAAAGCCGCAGUCCUUCGGAUCAUUGCAAAGUACAACGAGCGAUAUCAAGCUUAUCUAAGAACAUACGAGCCGGACGUCUUGGCUGAUCCGUCAUUUGUAUCAUUGACAUGGGAUUCGUUUGUAUGUUUGACGCUGGACGACGAAUUUUGGGUCGAUGCAACUUAUUAUGGUUCACAAGCUCCUUGGGCGAUUUCGUCGGAUGUGCGCAAGGGCAUACGGGCUUGCCAUAUGGUGGACAGAACCGGGGAAGAGUUGGACAUGAUUGCCCAGGAACUGGGACGUGCGAUGACCUGGGCUGUCGAGCUUAACUCAAUGCUAGAUAACCUUGCUACUCAACUUCACAACAUCCCACCUGGAUCAAACACGAUUGUGACACCAACUCAAGUUGGGACACUGGACCAACAAACAGGUCAGCAAGUGCUCAAAUUUGAGCUUUACAUUCAGCUUGCGGAACAUCAUGAGUUGAUGCGAUCAUGGGCUAGCGAUGUCGAAUGGCUGUGGUCCAAGACCCGCGUGGCAGGCAGCUCGCACACAUGGUUUGAAACCGUGGGUCGUCUCAAGAUUAACACUGAUCCCACAACCGUUCUUGAUCCUGAGCCGGUUCCAGGUUCAGAUGAGAUGGAUGAGACCUUACAAGAACGCGCAUUCUUGGAAGAUGCUGAGGAUGGAGAAUUGGCAGAUGAUAACAAUGUGAAUGCUAUGCUGGAGAAUGAAAAUGAAGGGUGGGAAACCGAUCCAGAAUGA